AUGGCGAGUGAGAACCCGGCUGUUCAGGACGACUUGAACCCUACACCCACUGCGGGAUACCAGCCCGGCGAGAAGAAGUCGCUGCAAGAGUAUGCAGCGCUGGAUGCCGAGGACGAGAGCCUGCGUCGUUGGAAAGAGUCGCUCGGUAUCACGGCCGGCGGAAGCGCGCCGAACCCGAAUGAGCCCAAGCUCACGAUCCACUCGCUCGCGUUGGAAAGUGACAAGAUUCCGUCGGGGAGCAUCGGCAUCCAGCUCGAUCAGCCGGGCGACUUGGAACGCGUGAGCAAGAACCCCCUCCAGAUCCCCGAGGGAAUCGAGUACGCGGUCGUGAUCAACUUUACCGUCGGCCGCGAAGUGCUCUCGGGCCUCAAGUACCUCCACGUUGUGCGCCGUGCGGGCCUGCCGGUCGACCGCAUGGAAGAGAUGAUUGGGUCGUAUCCCCCCCGUGGAGAGCCGUACGUGAAGCGCUUUGCCCCGAGCGAGGCGCCAAGCGGAAUGCUCGCGCGCAGCGGCACCAACAGCGUCCGCAGUAGGAUCAUCGACGACGACGGCGUGGUGUACGCCGACUUUUCGUGGUCGUUCAAGCUCGUCAAGGCGUAA